AUGGACGUUGCUGGAAGACAGAUAGAGUUAGAAAUCGAUACCGGAGCAACAGUUACGAUUAUCCCCACUAGUACAUAUCAGAAGUACUUGAAACAUAUACAAUUGCGCCCAAGCACCACCAGAUUGCACGCGUACAAUGGACAGCCCUUGAAUGUGCAAGGAGAAGCGGAAGUUCCUGUAAGAUACAAGGGACAGCAAGUAAAUGUAAAGUUUCAUGUGGUAAAAGUGAAGAACAAGCCCGCCAUCCUAGGAAGAGACUGGUUGAAACAUUUUAAACUAGAUUGGGAUUCAAUCUUCACUGUACAGAAAUUUCAGGCAAUAGACCCAGUGGAAACCUUUCCACAGUUGUUUGGCACUGUGGUAGGUACAUUGGUUGGAUAUCAGGCCAACAUCAUGUUGAAUACAGAUGCCAGACCAAAGUUUCAUCGACCCAGACCGAUUCCAUAUGCCUUGCAUAGUAAGGUCGAUGCUGAACUCGAACGGAUGCGGAAGGAAAGUAUUCUGAAACCAGUAGAGAAGAGUGAAUGGGCAGCACCCAUCGUGGUAGUUCGAAAGGGGGAUGGAAAUGUUAGAAUAUGUGGCGACUACAAGGUCACCAUCAACCCCUAUAUUGAUUUGGAUCAAUAUCCGAUGCCGAAUCCAGAUGACUUGUUUUCGACCUUAGCAGGAGGGAAGAAAUUUUCUCGUUUGGAUCUCAAACAAGCGUAUCAACAGAUGUUAGUAGACCCCAGAAGUCAGCAAUACCUAACCAUUAACACACACAAGGGCAUGUUUACGUACACAAGGAUGCCAUUUGGCAUAAGCUCAGCACCCAGUAUAUGGCAACGAGCUAUAGAUAACGUUCUAUCAGGACUGGACGGAGUCAUCUGCUACCUAGAUGAUAUUCUAAUAGUGGGCAACAGUGAUGAACAGCAUAACCACAGGUUAUUCAAGGUCUUGGAAAGACUGAACCAAGCCGGAAUUAAACUAAAAAUGGAAAAAAUGUGA